GCCGGCGGGCGGGCGGGCGGACGGACGGGCCGGGGCUGGCCGAGCUUGCGCUGCGGCGGGGGAGCGCGGGUGCGGGCCCCGCCGGCCGCGCGCGCCCGCUGCCAUGGCUUUCCGCCGGAGGACGAAAAGUUACCCGCUCUUCAGCCAGGAGUUCGUCAUCCACAACCACGCGGACAUCGGCUUCUGCCUGGUGCUCUGCGUCCUCAUCGGGCUGAUGUUCGAGUGUCAUUUCGGCAAGGUCCCAUUUCACCUCAAAGGCUUCCUCAACUACCCUGUCCAGCAGCGGCGCACUUACCUGGUCCUAAUGUUGGAAAUGCAUCGACAGCGGCACGGGGAGCUGUGUGGAGGUGUACCAGAGGAAAUCCCCCGGCAGCUGCAGUCUGUGUGUUUGUACCUGGUCCACAUAGCCGGAGCGUACCUCCUGAACCUGAGCCGCCUGGGCCUGCUGCUGCUGCUGCUGCAGUACUGCACCGAGUUCCUCUUCCACAUGGCGCGGCUCUUCUACUUCGCCGACGAGAACAACGAGAAGCUGUUCAACGCCUGGGCCGCCGUGUUCGGGGUCACGCGCCUCUGCAUCCUCACCCUGUCCGUGCUGGCCGUCGGCUUCGGGCUGGCCCGCGUGGAGAACCAGGCGUUCGAGCCCGAGAAAGGCAACUUCAACACCUUGCUCUGCAGGCUCUGCGUGCUGCUGCUGGUGUGCGCCGCCCAGGCCUGGCUCAUGUGGCGGUUCAUCCACUCCCAGCUGCGGCACUGGCGCGAGCACUGGACCGAGCGCGCCAGGCGCAGGGCUCCAGCCGCCCCCCGGCCGCCGGCCAGGCUCCUCAAGAGGGAGUCGGGGUUCCAUGAAAACGGCCUCGUGAAGGCGGAGAACGGAACCUCCCCGCGCACGAAGAAGCUCAAGUCGCCCUAAGGCCAAAGCGCUGCCAACAGGAAUCCUCUCGCGGGGCCUCGAGGGCCUCGCCCUCCCUCCCUCCCACGCCUUGGCUGUCUUAUUCUUCUAUCACCUGUUCUCAGUAAAGCCAAAAGCCCUCUCUCCCCCCCCUCCCCCCCCCCCACCAUCCCCGUCCCGUGUUGGCUUUUCUCGGAGCCUGGCUCUUCCGCGCUGCUCUCCUCCGCUGCUGCUUCUCCUCACUCUUCACCGUGAUGUGCAAUUGUUGCCUGUGUGUGGUUUUUACAGUGGCGGGGCUGGGACUUGCAGCCCCCCCCCCCCCCCACGAUCUGGGACCUGCCUCUGUGGAGGCCCCGCGGCGGGCAGGAACGGAGAGGCCGGCCCUCGGGGAUCCCCGUCUUCUUGGUGCUGAUUGACUGAUGGGACAAUGACUCCGGUCCCCCGCCUGGCACCGCGGGCGCAAACGCCGAGGCCGUGGCUCUGCACGAGGCAGCCCCGCCGAGAGGGGACAGCGUUAACUCGGGAGUACUCACCGCGGUGGCUCAGGGGACGAGUCCUCCCGUGUCCACCAGAGCCGCGUGCUGAGCAGCAGGCUGUUCCAGAAGGAAGGUGCUCUGGGGACGAGCGGGGAGCCAGGCCGGCUCGCCCUCCGCGGUGCCCGCGGCUCCUGCAGCGGCCGUUCCCCAGAGCUCCGGACCGGCCUGCCACGCGCCCCCGCCAGCCCCGACCCAGCCAGCCCCGGCCGGGCCGCCUGGCCUUCCUCGCGCGGAGCCCGGCCCGGCCCGUGCGGGCCCCUCCCAGGCGAGCUUCCUGCUGUCAGCGCGGGUGUUUGCCGCAUCGAGCCUGAGGCCGGCUGCCUCCCCGCGCCUGGGAGGACUUGCGGGAGGGAGGGCGGGAAGGAGGAAGUCCUCAGCCCUGUGCUGAGGCCCAGCAGGUCCGCUCCUGCUACUGACACACAGAGCCCGGGCCUGUAGCCGGCCGCGUUCCCCCCCGUCACAGGGGGCGCUGGCUGGGCGCUGAGGAUGUGCGUUCAGACACCGCCGCGACGCUCAGCUCCACCGGGAGAAAGCGCGUGAAUCCCCCCCCUUCUCUGCCACCCUCCCGCCCUCACCGCCCCCGCCUUGCCUGUUGCUCAUGGAGGGCUCAUGGCUCCCCAGCUAGCGGGGCCUCCUCGGGGUCUUCCGUGUGCCUCUGCGGGGGCCGCUCCCUCCCGCAGGCUUGUGGGGCUGGACGUGGCUCGCUCCGCCCGCGCCCCUCGGUGCUGAGAGGACGCAGCUGCGUGUGCUCCCGGCGUGCGCGCUCCCGGCGUGCGUGCUCCCGGCACCCCCCGCACCCCGCUUCCCACGCCGUGGCGGCCGUGGCGUGCGUGGCUGUCGGGGACCCAGGACUUGGUUCCGUGAUGGGAGGGAACAACAGGAAAAGCCCUCGACGGCGCGCCCGGCUGGACUCCCCGCGGCCUGGCACGAGGGGCGUUGGCUCCGCCGGCUCCCGCGCCAUCGCUGCCCAGCUAGGCGUGCCGGAGGCUGGCCGCACUGCGGCGGGCGGGCACCCGGCGGGCACCGGCCGCGCCCUCGUCCUGGUGUGGCCUCCUGCCUGCACGGUGCCGAGCCCCCGGGAGACCCCGCGGGCCCUCUGGAGGGCGACACGAAUCUACCUCAGUGACCCCUGCCUGGGCGGGGGGCGGGGGGGCCCUGCGAGAGGACGGGGUCCCCUGGCGGGAAUCACUGUCCCCCGCGCGGGCUCUGGUAGGCGCAGCCCGUAAGCUCCCCGUGUUCCUUUGAGGGAGGGCGGCUCUGGGGGAGCGGGGAGCAGGUGGGCUCCUCGGCCCUCACCGGCGCCCGGCGCGGCCCCUGCCCCCCUCGACCUUCCCACGGGCAGGUGAGGAGGCCGCGGCCUCAGCUCAGGCGGCGGCUUCUUCCGCCGGGGGCCUCGCUGGCCUCGCGGCCCCAGGCCGGGGAGAGCUGGGGGGGGCGGGGGGCGGGAUGGAGCCCCCCCUCCCUGGCUGAGGGCCUCGGUGCCGCGCCCCGCCCCCGCCCCCAGCAGCGCCUGGCCCUCCGGGUGUGACAAGUGCCUUCCGCCGGGCUGCGCGGCAGGGGCGGCCGGCACAGCGCACCGCGGUGAAUAGGAGGGGCGCGGACGGACGGACCGCCUUGCGUCCCGACACCCCACAGCCCGGCGACGCCUUCAGCUCCCUUCCUGCCUGGCUGGGCGGUUGGAGAAGCCGAGACGGCUCUCCCGCAGACGCCUGUGCCUUGCACCUAGUGCGACGCGCCCCCUCUUCCAGCCCCCCCUCCCCUCCCCACGUGUGAAGGGGGUUUGCUCUACUUCCCUGUCUCGCUGUUCACUACGUGGCUGCUGCACUGCCGGUCCCCCGAGUCCGGGCCCCCGCGGGGGCAGCAGCCCCUCCCUGCCCCUCGGGCGGUGCAGGAGCCCUGCCGGCCAGCGGUCUUCCCCGGCCUGGCUGUCCGUCACGGGGCCCCGCGCGGGAGGGGGUCGCGGGAGGGGAGGUAGCGGUCACCUUGCAGAGGCGCCGCCCCUUCCCCCGUGGCCGCCAUCGUCCUGGGCCCGGGUGGCUGUGUGGCCCGCUUACAAACCAUGGAGAACCUGAGAAGUCUCGUGUCGUGUCCUGUCAUUGUCACAGCCAGCCUCGGUGGACGGCAGGUGGCGUCUCGGGGCGAGAUUGGUUGUGAUGUCUGCUGUCACCGCCCCUGCCCACAAGCAUUCCAGAGCUGCUGGGCGCGGAGCUCUCCCCGAGGUGGGCGCGGGGCGCCGGCACCACGGACCUCGCUUUUUGUUUCCUCGGUUUGACUUGGGCGGAGGCCGCCGGGCCCUGAGCAACUCAAUGCAAAUGUAGACGAGCCGCUCUGCUACUCCAGCUGUUCUCGUACGGACCAAAUUUCCACAAGGAGCUCAAGGAAACUUUGUACCUGCCGUAUUUAUGCUUUCAUGUAAAAGGGUUUGGGGGAGGGUGUCUUUUUACUUUCCACGGUUUCUGUCUGGUUUUAAAAACAAAUUACAGUUUUGUAUGGAUUUUUUUAAAUGUACAUUUUGAAAAAAAUGAUUAUUUUCUCAAAUACCUGAAUAAAAGGCAUAGAAUUAUCCGA